ACAAGAACAAAAUUUGUUUAUUUAUAUUUAUAGCCUUGUGAGACAGUUAAGUCUUUAUAAAAUACGUGCUGUCCUGAAAACUCAAGGCGACAUCAUAGAACCUACCGAUAGGUUCUCUUAGCUGACGUCACAGCCCUCUUUAUAUACCAACCAGCGCUGGAAGAAGAACCGCAUUUGAGCGCGGCGCGCGAAUAGAGCGCACACGUGCUACAGAAACAAAACCAUGGCACUCACAGAGUCGAGCGUCGAUUUAAAACUUGUAAAAAGAGUCCAGUUUGGUAUUCUCAGCCCAGAUGAAAUCAAACGCAUGUCAGUCACUGAAGGUGGGGUCCAAUACCCUGAAGUGUCAGAAGGGGGAAGACCAAAGCUGUUGGGGUUGAUGGACCCACGUCAGGGGGUUGUUGAUAGAAUGUCAAGGUGCCAAACAUGCGCUGGCAACAUGACUGACUGUCCUGGACACUUUGGUCACAUAGAACUUGCCAAACCUGUAUUCCACACUGGCUUUCUAACGAAAACAAUAAAAGUUCUUCGUUGUGUUUGUUUCUACUGUUCGCGCUUGCUUGUUGAAAAGGGAAAUCCAAAAAUUCGUCAAAUCAUGGCUAAAUCAAAGGGUCAACCCCGUAAGAGGUUAGCUCAUGUCUACGAACUUUGUAAAGGGAAGAAUAUUUGUGAAGGAGGUGAGGAGAUGGAUAAUACAUUUGAUGUUCAGCAACGUGAUGAAGAUGAACCAAGAAAAGUGGGCCAUGGUGGUUGUGGACGAUACCAGCCAAAGAUUAGACGAGAAGGAAUGGAAUUAAUUGCUGAGUGGAAACAUGUGAAUGAAGACUCACAAGAGAAAAAGAUAGUUGUUUCUGCGGAACGUGUGCAUGAGAUAUUUAAGAGAAUAUCUGAUGAAGAAUCUGAGAUCCUCGGGAUGGAUCCUCGUUUCGCGCGACCUGAAUGGAUGAUAAACACUGUGAUCCCCGUUCCUCCCCUUUGUGUUCGACCAUCAGUUGUUAUGGGGGGAGGGAGUGCAAGGAGUCAGGAUGAUUUAACUCACAAACUGGCCGACAUUAUUAAAGCAAACCAACAAUUGAAACGCAACGAACAAAAUGGAACUGCCUCCCAUAUUAUACUGGAAGAUGUGAAACUACUGCAGUAUCACGUGGCUACGCUAUCUGACAACGAUAUGCCUGGAGUGCCUAAGGCUUUACAAAAAUCGGGCCGUCCUUUAAAAUCAAUUAAACAACGAUUAAAAGCAAAGGAAGGACGAAUUCGUGGCAACUUGAUGGGGAAGCGUGUUGACUUUUCUGCACGUACUGUCAUCACACCUGAUCCUAAUUUAAAAAUUGAUGAGGUUGGUGUUCCACGAUCCAUAGCUUGCAACAUGACGUACCCGGAGAUUGUGACUCCUUUCAACAUAGAGAGGAUGCAAGAACUGGUUCGUCGUGGCAACAACCAGUAUCCGGGAGCAAAAUACAUCAUCCGUGACAGCGGGGAUCGAAUUGAUCUUCGAUAUCAUCCGAAACCUUCUGAUCUUCAUCUGCAAGUUGGAUACAAGGUUGAACGUCAUAUAAAAGAUGGUGAUGUCAUAGUGUUUAACCGACAACCUACUUUGCAUAAAAUGUCAAUGAUGGGACACAAAGUUAAAGUCCUUCCCUGGUCAACCUUCAGAAUGAAUUUAUCUGUGACCACCCCAUAUAACGCUGACUUCGAUGGUGAUGAAAUGAACCUCCAUGUUCCGCAAACCAUGGAAACGAGAGCCGAGAUCCUCCAGUUGGCGAUGGUGAACAGGAUGAUCAUCACUCCUCAAAGCAAUCGACCCGUCAUGGGAAUCGUGCAAGAUACGCUGACUGCUGUUCGUAAAAUGACCAAACGAGAUUCAUUUAUUGAAAAGCCCGACUUCAUGAACUUACUAAUGUACCUUGGUGACUGGGAUGGGUACAUCCCCCAACCUGCAAUCCUCAAACCAAAACCUCUAUGGACGGGGAAACAACUCUUCUCGCUCAUUAUUCCUCCUGGGAUUAAUUGCAUCCGGAACCACAGCACUCAUCCUGAUGGUGAGGACUCCGGACCUUACAAACACAUAUCGCCGGGAGAUACAAGGGUUCUAGUAGAGAAUGGAAUCUUACUGAGUGGCAUCAUAUGUAAGAAGUCACUUGGUACCUCAUCAGGUUCACUGUGCCACGUUGUUGCUCUGGAAAAAAAUGCUGAUGUUUGCCGGGAGUUUUACAGCAAUAUACAGACAUGCGUAAACAAUUGGUUGAUGAUAGAAGGUCAUUCAAUCGGUAUCGGAGAUACAAUUGCAGAUGCUCAGACUUACCAGGAUAUUCAAACUCAAAUUAGGAAAGCCAAGCAAGAAGUCAUAGAGGUUAUAGAGAAAGCACAUAAGGAGGAUUUACAACCGACACCUGGUAACACAUUGAGACAAACGUUUGAAAAUCAAGUCAACAGAAUUCUAAACGAUGCUCGUGACAAAACUGGUUCGUCAGCUCAAAAAAGUUUGUCUGAUUUCAACAACUUUAAAGCCAUGGUGGUGGCUGGAUCUAAGGGUUCAAAAAUUAACAUUUCUCAGGUCAUUGCUGUUGUGGGGCAACAGAACGUUGAAGGAAAACGAAUUCCUUUUGGUUUCCGUCAUAGAACACUUCCACAUUUUAUUAAGGAUGAUUACGGUCCAGAAGCUCGUGGUUUUGUUGAGAAUUCAUAUCUUGCUGGUUUGACUCCAACAGAGUUUUAUUUUCACGCUAUGGGAGGAAGGGAAGGUCUCAUUGACACUGCUGUCAAAACUGCAGAAACUGGAUACAUCCAGAGAAGAUUAGUUAAAGCCAUGGAAGCGGUGAUGGUGAGAUACGACGGCACUAUACGUCAGUGUAAUGACUUCAUGAUACAACUGUGUUAUGGGGAAGAUGGGUUGGCUGGCGAGAAAGUGGAAUUUCAAAACCUCGCAACUCUUAAACCAAGUCACGCCACUUUUAAUAAGAAAUUCCGAUUUGAUUAUUCCAAAGAGCGUUUCAUGCGGCGUUGCAUGAAUGAAGACGUUGUAAGAAUGAUACAAACUGAUGUCACCAUUCAACAAGAAUUAGAAACUGAGUUCGAUCAAUUACAACAAGAUCGUGAAAAUAUUCGAGCCAUUUUCCCAACUGGUGAUAGCAAGGUUGUCUUGCCUGUGAACCUGAGUCGUUUAAUCUGGAACGCACAAAAGAUUUUCCACAUUGAUCUUCGUAGCCCGUCCAACCUCAACCCACAGCGUGUUAUUGAGGGUGUGCGAGAUUUAAGUAAGAAGUUGGUGAUUGUGUGUGGUGAGGAUAGAUUGAGUAAAGAAGCACAAAGCAACGCUACUCUGCUAUUCAAUGUUCAUCUAAGGUCCACCCUAUGUUCACGGAGAGUAGCCGAUGAAUUCCGUCUCUCAGCUGAAGCGUUUGAAUGGAUCCUCGGUGAAAUUGAGACCAAAUUCCAACAAGCGCAAGUCCACCCUGGUGAAAUGGUGGGAGCUCUUGCUGCCCAAUCCCUUGGUGAACCAGCCACACAGAUGACCCUCAACACUUUCCAUUACGCUGGUGUGUCAGCGAAGAAUGUGACGCUUGGUGUGCCGAGGUUAAAGGAAUUGAUUAACGUCUCAAAGAAACCCAGGACCCCCUCACUCACAAUAUACUUGAUUGGCCCAGCUACUCGGGAUGCACAGAGGUGUAAGGAUGUUUUAUGUCGAUUGGAGCACGCCACGCUACGUAAAGUGACAGCCAACACUGCAAUUUAUUACGACCCUGACCCCAUGAAUACAGUCAUUCAAGAAGAUCAAGAAUUCGUGAACGUUUAUUAUGAGAUGCCAGAUUUUGACGUCACAAGAAUUUCUUCAUGGCUGCUUAGGAUUGAACUUGACAGAAAGAGAAUGACAGAUAAGAAACUGAGCAUGGAACAAAUUGCUGAAAAGAUCAGCGCAGGGUUUGGAGACGACUUGAAUUGCAUUUUCAACGACGACAAUGCUGAGAAACUCGUGCUUCGUAUUCGGAUCAUGAACAGUGAGGAACAAAAAGCAGAUGAAGACACAGAAGAACAAACUGAUAAAAUGGAAGAUGAUGUCUUCCUGCGUUAUAUUGAAGCUAAUAUGUUGACUGACAUGACAUUGCAGGGUAUUCCACAAAUUGCAAAAGUGUACAUGCAUUUACCUAAAGAAGAAAACAAGAAGAGAAUUGUGAUAACAAAAGAAGGAGAGUUUAAUGCAGUCCAGGAUUGGAUCCUGGAGACAGAUGGGACAGCUUUGAUGAGGAUUUUAUCUGAGAGAGAUAUUGAUCCUGUCCGAACUACUUCUAAUGAUAUUUGUGAGAUCUUCUCUGUUCUCGGAAUAGAAGCGGUGAGAAAAGCUUUGGAGCGGGAAAUCAACCACGUCAUAUCUUUCGAUGGUUCAUAUGUCAAUUAUCGUCAUUUGGCGUUACUAUGCGAGGUUAUGACAUCAAAGGGACACUUGAUGGCGAUCACGAGGCACGGUAUUAAUCGUCAAGAGACAGGGGCGCUGAUGAGGUGUUCGUUUGAAGAGACGGUCGAUAUUUUAAUGGAGGCUGCUUCUUCAGCAGAAACUGACCACAUGGAUGGCGUGUCUGAAAACAUUAUGCUUGGCCAGUUAGUACCGGGUGGAACCGGUUGUUUCGGGUUAUUACUGGAUGCUGAGAAGUGUAAAUAUGCAAUGGAGAUACCGACUAAUAUUGGGGUUGUUGGAGGAACUGGAAUGUUCUUUGGUUCCAUGGCUUCUCCAAGCUCCAUGUCUCCAGCCAUGACACCAUGGAACAGUGGCGCGACUCCAGGAUUCAGCGGCUCCUUUACACCUGGUGGCUUUGGCUCCGGCAUGACUCCAAGUGCGGCUUCUUUCUCUCCAGCCCCCACAGAGAGCUCUGGCUUCUCACCCGGCUUUAGCCCCUCAUGGAGUCCAGCUCUCCCCGGCCCUUCAAGCCCCGCAUCACCAUACAUUCCUUCACCCAAGCACUCAGCUAUGUCNNCCUCUUAUUCCCCCGCCAGCCCCAGUUACUCUCCAACUUCCCCCAGUUACAGCCCUGCAUCACCCAGCUAUUCCCCAUCAAACCCAAAAUACUCCCCAGCAAGUCCAUCUUACAGCCCAGCAUCACCAGAAUACAGCCCAUCGAGUCCAAAAUAUACACCAUCAUCACCAUCUUACUCCCCUGCCUCCCCAUCCUACAGUCCAUCCUCACCAAACUAUUCUCCAUCCAGUCCCAAGUACUCACCAUCAAGUCCAUCUUAUUCACCCGCAAGCCCAUCAUACUCACCUACAAGUCCAUCUUACUCCCCUUCGAGCCCUGGCUAUUCCCCCUCCUCCCCAAGUUAUUCCCCAUCUAGCCCAGGAGCAUCAAGUCCUGCAUACAGCGGCCAAGCUGGCUACUCUCCAAGCAGCCCCUCUUACUCACCAACAAGUCCUUCAUAUUGCCCGGCCAGUCCCCGGUACACUCCAACUAGCCCAACAUACACCCCGGGAGGGGACCUCUCUCCGGCUUCACCCAGCUAUAGCCCUACUUCCCCAGGUGCAGAGAGCCCAGCUAGUCCAUCAUACAGCCCAACAAGCCCUUCUUACAGUCCUGCAAGUCCAAUGUAUUCUCCUACCAGCCCUGGUUAUAGUCCUUUAAGUCCAGGUUACAGUCCUGCAUCGCCAAGUUAUACACCAAGCACCCCAGGUGGUGGGCAACACCAUGGUCAAGCUAAAGACAGCGACGAAGACUAACUACAACAAUCUAUGCACAUUAUGUUGCUAGUGAAGUGGCCACGGUUCCAAAAACACUGCAGAAAAAAAACCCAUAGAACAAAAAAACAGUGCAAAAAAAGACUUUCUAACGCGUGUUGUAUUCUUUUCACCGAGUGUAUAUUCGUUAUUUACUAAUUUCUGUUAAUAUUCAUUCAAAUUCCCGCUUUCUGCCAAGUAUAAUUUUGUACAAGAUACAGAAUUGAGCUCUUCGUAAGUAUAAUUUUGUACAAGAUACAGAAUUGAGCUCUUCGUGUUUCGCAGUGGGUAGGAACAACUGAUAUGUGUACAACAUUUUCAGAAGUGGCUCUAAUGUUUUAACUUUAAAGUGAAAAAUAAAUGAAAAUGAACACAA